AUGAUUCCCUCUGAACCGAAAGUGAAGGACAGUCUGGAGUUUGGGCAGCGGCAGCUCUGCGUCUCGGAGGAGCUGGACUCGCCGAACAUGCGGGCCGAGGCUUACUUAAAUCUCGCCCGGGCGUACGAGAGACUUGGCAGCCUCGACCGGGCCCUCGGCUUCGCCCGGCACAGCCUGUACAACGAGUGCGAUCAGUGCGCGACGGCCGGACUGGUUCACCUGUCGAUAGGUAGAGUCCACCUCGAGAUGGCCGCCUUCUGCAAGGCCCUCGAGGGCUUUCAGAGGGCCCACAAGAUCGCCCACUCUAUCCAGGACCCCUCGCUCGAGCUACAGGUUUACGUGGGACUGUCGGACUUGUUCGGCCGGCUGCAGGACGCGGAGAAGAGCGCGCGUUACGCGGCCCGCGCCUACGACCUCUCGAGGAGCCUGCAGCUCGGCGACCUCAACUCCCGGCACCACAGGGCGGCCCUGCUGCAGAUGGCCUCGGCCCUCAGGAAGAAAGGCGACCUCGGCGACGCCCACGACUACUGCUCGGAGGCCACGAGGCUGAGUCUGGUGUCCGGGGACCAGGCGAGCUACGCCAGGAGCAUAAGGAUCAUGGGCGACAUUUACAGGCACAAGUCGGAAAUCAGCGACUUGCAAGCCAACAAGACCAACGAAGGGUGCAUGCUGAGGAGGAGCCGGCCGGUUUCGACUGCACCACCCGCCGGGAAGAAUCGGCUCUCGGGGCCCGGCUUUCGUAAUCGGUGGUGCGAGCGCCCAGCAGCGAUCCUUAUGGUAGGUGAAGGCCGCAGCAACGACUCACCCGGCGAGGAGAUCCAAGGUCUCAAGGGCUGGCCGCGCCGCUGGAGCCAAUCGGGCACAAGCAACACGUACAUUUAG